AUGGGACAGAGAAGCAAUGUCACAGAGUUUAUUCUCCUGGGACUCACUCAAGAUCAUGUUGGACAAAGAGCAUUGUUUGUCAUGUUUUUACUCAUCUACAUUGUGACUAUAGUAGGUAAUCUACUCAUUGUGGGGACAGUCAUAGCCAGUCCCUCCUUAGGGACUCCAAUGUACUUCUUCCUUGCCUAUCUGUCACUUCUGGAUGCUGUUUAUUCCACUGCUAUCUCACCCAAGUUGAUGGUAGACUUGCUCUGUGAUAGAAAAACAAUUUCAUUUUCAGCUUGCAUGACUCAGCUCUUUUUAGAGCACCUACUUGGUGGUGCUGAGGUCUUCCUUCUAGUGGUGAUGGCCUAUGAUCGUUAUGUGGCCAUCUGUAAACCACUGCAUUAUUUGAUCAUCAUGAAUAGGCGGGUUUGCUUCCUCCUAUUGGUGGUUUCCUGGGCUGGAGGCCUUGCACACUCUGUAGCCCAACUUCUCUUUGUAUAUCAGCUUCCAUUUUGUGGUCCAAAUGUAAUUGACCACUUUAUCUGUGAUAUGUACCCAUUAUUAGGACUUGCAUGCACGGAUACAUAUUUUAUUGGCCUCACUGUGGUUGGCAAUGGUGGGGCAAUAUGUAUUUUAGUCUUUAUUAUUCUCAUAAUUUCCUAUGGAAUCAUUUUAAGAUCUCUUAAGACUCACAGUCAGGAAGGGAGACAGAAAGCCCUAUCUACCUGCAGCUCCCACAUCAUGGUGGUGGUCCUCUUUUUUGUUCCCUGUAUCUUCAUGUAUGUUAGACCUGUUCACAACUUUCCUAUUGAUAAAUACAUCACUGUUUUUUAUACAAUUGUCACUCCUAUUUUGAAUCCUUUAAUAUAUGCCUUGAGAAAUUCAGAGAUGAAAAAGUCUAUGGAAAAUCUAUUAUAUAAGGUAUUCCCUAGAGAUAGAAUAAUAAUGUCUUUUCACUGA